CAUGUGGUUGACUUGUUGGUUGAUUUUUGGUGAGGAUCGAACUCAGACCUGCGUACACGCUAGGCAAAAGCCCUGCCACUAGGCUAUGGACCCAGCCCAGUACUUGUAUGUGUUUUUAAAAUAUAAAAUUUCUACUGUCUAAAACUAGGCCAUGCUAAAUACAUUUGUCCCAGACUUAGGCACAGCUAGAUACUUUUUUCAAAGUAUCCAAGUAUUCCAGCUAAACUUCAUGAUUCAGAGACUGAGAGCCAUAAUGUAAUUCUUUUACAUUGUAUUAUUUAUUCUCAAGAAAGAAUAGUGAAAUUAGGACCCACCACAAUUCUAUUUCAGUCAACCUAAGGAGAGCCUCUGCUUUACUGGGUCCUUCUGUAAAUCCUCAGGACGUCCUCUCUAGUUACCUCAGCAACAGGAGGAACCCGUGCUGCCCACCAUUACAGCCCUCGCUGCUGCCUUACAUUUCCUCUUCUUCCUCCCCAAGAAUACUGCUGCUUCAUAAAGCCUGUUGAGAUCCUCAGGGAGCUACAGGGAUGGCAUUUCUUUAGAUGAUUCCUUUCUUUCCCUUUUGUUUUUCCCUAUGGCUACCAAGUUCUUCCAAGCCUCACGGAGAGCCAGAGUCUCUCCUGUUAGGAGAUUACAGGCAUGGCCCCGUGGAGCCCUGAAGUCAGGGUCAGAUUCCAGGUGCGCCGCUGGGCCUCACCCCUCACCUCCACUCGCCUCCAUCCCUCACUUAUUCAGGUUUCACAGACAUUUCACCAGAGGAGUUGAGGCUUGAAUACCAUAACUUCUUAACCAGCAAUAACUUACAGAGCUAUCUAAAUUCUGUUCAACAGCUAGUAAGUCAGUGGAGAAAUAGGAUAAAUGAACUGAAAAAUCUAAAUAUGUCAACCAAAGGAGCUCUGCUCUCUGAUGUAAAGGAUGGGGUCAGUCACGCAGCACCUGCGUUUGGAUUUGGAAGUAAGCAAGCAGGGGCGUUUGGGUCACCAGGUUUUCCAGUGAAUAACAGCAGCAGCAAUACUGUUCAGAACUUUAGUUUUAAAACAAGCCCUGCACUUAGCACUGUUCCUUCUGGAAGCACAUCAGUGUUUGGAAGUCACCCAGGCUUUGGGGCUGGGCCCUCUGCUGGCUCCACCAUCUCUUCCUCCACUCCAGCCUUUGGACUUGGGAAACCUGACACCACAUCUGCUGCGUCAUUUUCAUUCAGGAGCCCCGAAGCUUCCAGUUUUGGAUCACCUGGGUUUUCAGGAUUUCCAGCUUCCGUGGCAGCAAGUCCCUUUGGCCCUUCAACAGCCCCUGCUUUCGGAAGUGGGAGUUCUGUGGCUGGAUUUGGCAGUCCUAGCCCACAUUCUCAGGCUGUAUUUGCUAAACCUUCCACUGACAUGUUUGGAGGGAGCAGCAUAUCUACCUCUGUCCCAGCCUCCAGUGCCACUGAUAACGCACUGUUCACACCCAGGGAUCAGCUGACGAAGGAAGAACUGGAACAGUUUCAAUCCCAGAAAUUUACCCUGGGAAAAAUUCCACUGAAGCCACCACCUGUCGAGCUUCUGACUAUAUAAAGGUCAGGUUUAAAUACAGAAAGAAUGCCUUCAGCCAGGCAUGUUGUGCAUGCCUACCGUCUGGGAAGCUGAGCAGCAGAAUGCCACAAAUUCAGGCUAGUGUGGACAGCACAGAGUGAAUAAGAGACCAUCAGCUCUGAGUGGGACCCUCCAAGAGAAAGAUCUGAAUGGCUUUUAAAGCAAGUGUUUUUAUAUAGUGCUGGGAUCACACUGGGGCCUCACUCAGGCGAGGCGAGUUUUCCCUGACCACCAUCCCUAACUAUGGCUUCUGAGAUUGUCUUGAAUAAGUUUAUAUAUAUGGAACAUAAGCUUUCAGUAAUUUGAGGGGAUUUUAAAGUUUAACUUUUCUAAACACCUAGCUAAAUAAAGGACAGCCAAAAAAUCAAUAA